AUGGUUCCCGUUGCAGUAACGACCGAGAGUGGAGCCAUGUGCUGCGAUAUUCACCCGAAGUAUCCGUAUCUAAUUGCGGUUGGAUUGUACGACGGGAACGUGAUCGUUACAACUACAGGUUGGCACAAGAGCCGGUCUAUAUGUCCCAUGGCGUCAAUGGCAAACACUCGGAAUCGGUGUGGGAACUCAAGUGGGGACCGGGACAUGCAGGAUGGAGAGAUUAACUUCUUCACGGUUUCCGGAGACGGGCGGGUGUUUAACUGGGUAUAUCUGAUGACCUAUUAUGCGCACUACCUUUCCGUUCACCGCAUGGACUACAACAAAUUCAACUCGAACAUUUUCGCAUCCUGCAGCGGCGACUGGCGCGUCAAGAUAUGGGAGGAUAUGAGACCCGAACCGUUGUUCAUCUUCGACCUGGGCGCUUCGGUGGGCGAUGUCAAGUGGGCUCCAUACUCCAGUACGGUGUUUGCGGCGGUCACAACCGAGGGCAAAGUGUUUGUAUUCGACCUGAGCGUGAACAAGUACAAAGCGAUUUGUGUGCAGGCGGUCGUCUCUAAGCGGAAGAACAAACUCUCUCGGAUUGCCUUCAAUCACAAGCUACCGUUCAUCAUCGUCGGGGAUGACAAGGGCACAACAAUUACGCUCAAACUGUCGCCCAACCUGCGCAUCAAGACGAAGGCACCGAAGAAAACCGUCCCGGUAGAUCCACACUCGCUGGAAGUACAGAAACUGGACCGAUUGCUGUCGCUGGUGAGGGAGCUGCCGGAAGGUGAACUGGUGAAGGAGACGGUUUCCACCGUAGCUUCCAACUAG